UCGGGGACUCAAUGGGACUCCAGCUGUGGGGUCUGGCCUAGCACAGCUCCCACCCAGCUUUCUAGGGACAUCAGGCUUUCUAGCGACAUCGGGGUCACGGGGACUCAACAGGACUCCAGCUGUGGAGGACAUCGGUGCGCACAACAGGGACAGUUCAGGACACGGGUAGUCUGUGCGACAACAGGGACAGUUUGAGACAUGGGUAGUCUGUGCGCGCAACAGGGACAGUUCAGGACACGGGUAGUCUGUGCACACAGCGGGAACAGUUCAGAACACGGGUGUGUGCACCGAUCA